AUGGCAAUGAAGACUCGCCUUUCCGCUGAAGCCGAACUGGACAGGUUAGAGAACCUUGGUAUUGUUAGCAAGGUCCAGUGGAGCGAGUGGGCAACCCCAAUUGUGCCAGUUAUCAAGCCCAAUGGCUCAGUGCGUCUCUGUGGCGAUUUCAAGGCCACAUUGAACCCGCAACUGAAGGUGGAUCAACACCCUCUUCCACGUGUAGAAGAUGUGUUCGCCACUCUGGCUGGAGGACAACGCUUCACCAAGAUCGAUCUGAAACAAGCGUACCUCCAGAUGGAAAUGGAGGAGGAAUCAAAGCCACUUCUCACACUGACAACGCACAAGGGCUUGUAUCAGCUCAACCGUCUCGGAUUUGGUGUGGCUUCCGCACCAGCGCUGUGGCAGCAGGCCAUCGGCCGCACCCUGCAUGGCGUUCCACAUCAGGCCUGCCUGCUAGAUGACAUCAUCGUCACCGGUCGCGACGACGAUGAACAUUUGGACAACGUGGAGAGCAUCUUGGGUCGUCUCUCCGACCACGGCCUGAGAGUCAAUCCAGCGAAGUGCACGUUCUUCGCAGAUGCAGUGGAGUACUGUGGUCACAUUGUCAGUCGCCACGGUUUGCGCAAGACUGAUGACAAGAUCAAGGCGAUCAACGAGGCCCCGGCACCACAGAACGUGUCCCAGCUGCGCAGCUUUCUGGGUAUGGGUCAGUCCUGGCAUUGGACAGCUGACUGUGCAGCAGCAUUCAAGACCAUCAAGGCAGCUAUCGCCUCGGAUCAGGUACUCAUGCAUUUUGAUCCCGACCUGCCGGUACAGUUGGCAACUGACGCAUCACCCUACGGCCUGGGAGCGGUGCUCUCGCAUGUUCUGCCGGACGGUGCGGAACGGCCGAUUGCCUUCGCGUCACGUUCGCUUGCCGAGACCGAGAAGCGAUCACGAGCCUCUGACAGCCAUUUUCAGUCCGAGCAAAGGAAUGCCAGCUCUGACGACAGCGCGUCUACAGUCUUGGCCAAGGUCCUAGGUGGUGUUCGUGACGGGUGGUCACACUCCUCAACUGACGGUGACAUGCAGCCAUUUGCGAGGCACAAGAAUGAGCUGGGACUGCACCAAGGAUGUCUUAUGUGGGGAAUCUGGGUUGUCAUCCCACCCCAACUACGCAAGCGAGUACUUGAGGAACUGCACACAGGCCAUCCAGGCAUGGUUCGUAUGAAGUCAUUGGCCCGUAGCUUCGUUUGGUGGCCAGGCAUCGACGCUGACAUCGAGACAACCGGCAAGGUCUGUGCUGGCUGCCAGGCACACCAGGCAGCACCACCAAAGUCACCACUCCAUCCCUGGGAGUGGCCGUCCAAGCCAUGGCAACGCCUCCACAUUGAUUUUGCAGGACCGUUCCAAGGGCACAUGUGGCUGAUCGUGGUGGAUGCCCACAGCAAGUGGCCGGAAGUUCUGCCAAUGAACAGCACCACUGCUCCAGUCACCGUUCGCCGUCUCCGGGAAGUGUUCGCCCAGCAUGGUUUGCCUGACCAGAUCGUCAGUGAUAAUGGCCCGCAGUUCACAUCCGAUGAGUUCCGUCGUUUCACUGAAGCCAACGGCAUUACCCACACCUUCUCAGCACCGUACCACCUAGCGACGAAUGGGUUGGCUGAACGAUUCGUGCGGACGAUGAAGCAGGCACUAAAGUCCCAUUCGGACACAGCACCGCUCGAGUUCUUGCCUCGCUUCCUGUUGUCGUAUCGCACCACACCACAUGCAACAACGAAUGCCACACCAGCAUCUCUGCUAAUGCAUCGUGAGCUACGCACUCGGUUGUCCUUGGUCCAGCCCAGUGUUCAGGCAUCUGUGGCCAAGAAACAAGCAGCUCAGAGUAAUGCGAGGUAA